GUGUGUGUGUGUGUGUGUGUGUGUGUGUGUGUGUGUGUGUGUGUGUGUGUGUAGAAUGGAGAAGUACAAUUUUACUGCAGAGCUUUCCCUUAUUUUUACUUUCCCUUAUUUUCACACACACACCUGAAAAUGCAGUCAGUUUGCUUAGACACAGCUUUCUACCUAAGUGUGAUAAUCUCAUAGGUUGAUCUCACAAGAUAUUUAGAAUUACACAAAAUGGAUUCAGAGAUCAGAGGACAAAACAUUUCCUCCUCUAUCACACCAUCAUCAGAACUCUUAGAUAUCUGUACAUCUGACAGUGAAGGCACAAAUCUGUGGAAUGAAGUAAGUGUGUGUGUGUGUGUGUGUGUGUGUGUGUGUGUGUGUGUGUGUGUGUGUGUGUGUGUGUGUGUGUGUGUGUGUGUGUGUGUGUGGUACUUCAGUGAGUCUUUCACAACAGAAAUAGCCCUUUACCUCAGUGAUGGACCUUUACCUCAGAAAUAGCCCUUUACCUCAGUGAUGAGGUAAAGGUAAAGUGAUGAGGACCUAUAGCUCAGCAAUAAACCUUUACCUCAGAAAUAGCCCUUUACCUCAGUGAUGGACCUUUACCUAAGUCGGGAUUGAGUGCAAAUAUAUUAUUCUUUACAUUUUUGGAGUAUUAAUGUUUUUACUUAAGUGGGUUAUAAUUGUGAUCCAUUUGUGGAACUUUUCAGCUCACAGUUUUGAGUUUAUUAGGCUUUUGGUCUUGUGUGGACACGGUAAAAAGUUUUAUUUGGCCCAAUGUUUAAAAGGUAUUUAAAACUUACUGAAGCAGUAACCCUGAGAACAGCACAAUCCCCAGCACACCAUUCCGUAGGAUGUUGUAGAUUAGAGGUUUCACAAGUAACAAAACUUAGUAGGACAUCUUAAGAUAUUAACACUUUAAUGGUUAGUUCAGGAAUUAGCAUCUCGGCUCUGUGGUGAAUCCUCUAAAAUUAUUACUGAUCACCAUUUCAUUUAUAGCUUUCCCAAAUCUUUCUUGACUUGAGAAUUGGUGUAACUGGUGUAAUAUUAGCAGAUGUCAUACAUCACCUUCUCUAAACUCAGAUCCAAAGACAAAGACCAUCAGGGCAAAUCCUUUCCUUUUUUAUUUUGAAUGACUGUUCUGUUUUCUUGUUAUGUAUUGGAUCGAUGUUGUAGAUCAGAGGUUUGACUUUUUCACUGAAGUUUGAAAUGUGACUGUAGUGAGUGAGAGACAGAAGAUGUGUGGAGUUUAACGAGGAGAACGAUGAGCCAUGUGUUUAGUAAAAGUUUAUUUAAGCUCUAAAUGGGUGGCGAUGCAGGUGCUGUGUGUGUGUGUGUGUGUGUGUGUGUGUGUGUGUGUGUGUGUGUGUGUGUGUGUGUGUGUGAGAGAGAGAGGGAGAGAAUACACUCUGCCUGCCCGCCAUAAUCCCAUUAUGCAAAUCCCAGAAAAUCCGAGAGACUUUUUACAAAAACACUCCAGCGCUUAGAGGAGAAAACACACACAAUGUCUUCAGCUAGACAGACGCUUCAGAUCUAAGAGGAGAGAGACUUCAAGAGAGGCAAUGAAAGAAAGAGUGUGAGACAGAGUACGAAAGACAGACAUCCAGAAGAAAUAUUGUAGUUUGCUGGAAAAACAUUUUCCAUAAUGAGUCAAUAGUUUAUUUUAAUUUGAACUGGUACUGAAUGAUCAAUAUUUAUCAGUAAUAUCUUGUAGUGUGUGUGUGUGUGUGUGUGUGUGUGUGUGUGUGUGUGUGUGUGUGUGUGUGUGUGUGAGAGAGAGAGAGAGAGAGAGAGAGAGAGAGAGAGAGAGAGCUUUGCUUAAGUGUAUUAAACAUUCCUAUUGAUCAUGUUACUGCUAAACUGCAGCUAGCUGCAAUGUUCUAUGUUGAAUUAGCUGAUUAUUACAGCAGGUAGAAACCCAAAUAACUAGCAAGUGGAUGUGAGAGUACAGACUGAACCUGAACUUUUGAGUGAACCUGAAAAUUUAAUAUCUUAUUAAAGACUGUUCAAGGUUGAGAAAUAAGAAAACCUUAAAAUAUUCUAAAAGCUGUUUCAGUCUAUAUGAUCAUAAUAAAAUGUCAUCUUAAAUAAAAAGCUUGAGAGAGAGAGAGACUAUGCAUCAUCUUUUUUAAACCCUCAGGUUUGUGUGUAUUUUUAAAUAAGUGUGUAAUUUAUGUGUAGCCCUGUAGUCACACUAAAGGAGAUUAACACACAGCUGAUAAACCCUGAGUCUUACGCUCUCAAAGAGGAUCUGCCAAUCAGAAGCUGUGCUCAAGAUGAUGUCACAGUUCUCAUUUAGUCUUUCACUGACAGAAUUAUUAGCAGGUGGACAGCAAGGGUACACACACACACACACACACAGCUUUGUGUUUCACUGGAAAACGUUUUAAAGCCAAAGUAAUAAGAUGUGUGUGAAUGUGUGUUUACCUCAGACCUCUGUUCUCCUAAAUCGUCUGUCACGUCCCUACAGUGCUGAGUGACGUCUUCAUGUGGACUUGAAUUAACUUUAUAAACUGUAUGGCUUUAACCACAGUUUUAUUGAUCACUGCUUCUAACCAAAUAAACAAAUUCUCAAAGGUGUCGUACCACAGUCUAGAAGCUCAACAGUGUUUACACUAUAAACAGUAUGAAUGAAAUGCUCGAGUGCUAAUAGAACGUUCUCCACUGUGUGUGGAAACAGCAUCAUGUGGAGUCGAACAAAAAAGCGCCUUAAAACAGGAUUAACACUUUAUACUGGUUAAGCUAUUUAAACCAGUUAAAGUGUUAAAAUGGUAAACAGAGUUAACUGAGAUUAAAGAGAAACAGCUGGAGACACGUGUGUUAAUGUGUAGUGUAGUUACUGGCAGGUGGAAAUGAGAGUGUGUGUGUAAGGAGUGUGUGUUUGUCUGGAUGUAUACAAUACAGCUGUAAAAUUCAUACGCCUUCACUCGUACUGCCGUCCUCCCCCUCCUUCCCUCAGUAUCUCCCCUCCCUCUCCAUCUAUUCUUUCUCUUCUCUGAGAGUAUGUCUGAGUCACAGCUCUGAAGCUCACGGUGAGACGACAUACUAACCCGCGUCUCUCUGAAGCUCACAGUGAGACGACACACUGACCGAGUCUCUCUGAAGCUCACAGUUUUGUGAACAGACUGUUUUUCUGAGACAGCAGACUGCCAGCAUGACGCGUAAGGUGCUCAGUAACACUCGUGAGCGCUGGCGUCAGCAGAGCGUUAACACAGCAUUUGCGGAACUCAGAAAGCUCAUCCCGACUCAUCCUCCUGAAAAGAAGCUGAGCAAAAACGAGAUCCUGAGACUGGCCAUGCGGUACAUCACCUUCUUGCUCACACUGCUGGAGAACCAGAGCGAUGGAGCGACAGAGCACUCACCCUCCAGCCUCAUCACGCUCAUCACGGGAAACAUGAGGAACCUGAGCUCACACACAGAAACACACUCACCUGGAUCCAGCAGUGACAGUGCAGAGACCUGGUAGAACCACCAGCAUGGCCUGGAAAACAUAAAGAACCUAAUCUGCACUGAUGAUACAGGAUCUAGAGUUGGUGUAUUUGUUUCACAGACCAGAUCUAGAUCAUGUGUUGUGACUACACUAGAACCUUUAAUACUUUCCAGAAGAUCUCAGCAUACCUUGCACAAUCAUCAGGAUCAUCUGCUAGGACUACAGACACAAUCUAGAACCUUUAACAUUAUAAAGUCAUUUUAAUGAACAUGGAACCACUGCUGUAUAUUUUACAGACACGAUCUAGAACUUGUGCAGUUCUGUAGAAAACCUGGAACCUCACAAACACAACCUCUGUGUAGUCACUGAGUCUAGAAGCUCAUGCGAAUGCACACAGACUCUAGAAGCUCUUCACUACACACAGAGAGAUUCUAGAACCCCAGUUUAAUAAGGAGGAAUCUAGACCCAGUGCUGGAACUGGACCUUCGACAGUCUGAAACUCUAACACACUGCUUUUUGUAAACUUUGUGGUAAUGUUGCAGCUGCUUUGAAGAAUGUUUCGAGAAAUGCAAAAUUCAGUAAGGUUUCUGAUUGUCGAAUCUACACCAGGUUUAAAUCCGAUCUGUGAUCCGAUCUGAUCCUCCUGCAUCAUUUAGAACUUGGUAUUUAGUAUUUAUGGCAUUUAUUUAUUCUCAUUAUGGAUUUUUUUGUAUUAAAGAAAAAACUAGUUCUUUGAUGACUUUUAAAAACAUUUUCUUUGUAAAGCUAAAUUAUUUAUUUGUAUUUAUUCCUCUUUCAGAUUUAAGACCAUUAUCUUGAUGACUCAGUAAAUGAUCAUUAUUUUUUAAAUUAUUUGUUAAUUUAUUGAACAGAAAUAAUUUUUUAUCCAAAGAUUGUUUAUAUUUCUGUGCAGUCUCUGUUCAUACAGUGUUGUUGUCAAUUUCUUAUUUAUUGGAUCCGUGUAGGACUUUUUCUU